AAUCAGAUCACGACUUCUCAAGCCGCGUGACAUCUUGCUUUCGCUUGCCAGUGUUAACCUCUCCUGCUCGAACAGGAUCAAGGGACUCCCCGUGUGCUUCUUUUCUGAAGUGACUACAAACUAAGCCCCGGUUUGACAAUGGCAUUCUGGACAGGAUGGCAGCUGUGGGAGAAAAUGUGCCUAGUUCUUGGUGGCCUUAUAUUCGUCGUACUUGUCUAUGCGCUGUGCAUCCUUUCCUACAAUAAGCGGACGAUCAGAAAACUGGGCGCAACAAACCUCUACCAGAAGACUGAUCUAAACCAGAACCGAGAUAGCAGUGAUACGAGGAGAGACGAUAUACCUUUCGGUGCGAGGGCACUCGAAAGUGGAAUUCAGAUUGAAGGUAUCUGGAUAUCGAACCACAACACGCCGGUACCCAGUCCAUAUCAGUCGGGUACUCCAGUAGGCAGCAGAUCACCCAGCCCUUCUCGUCUGGCAGCUCAGCUAUCUACUGUCGUGGCGAACUCGAAGGAGCGACAAAGACUCCCAACUGCGCCGCCAGGACUUCACCUGAAUGAUGCAUUGACUCCAGGAUAUCGUGGAAGCUACUCAAGCGUCCCCAAGAGAAAAACAGGCCCUGAGGACGAGAAUGAGCAAAACACUUUUGCCCUGGAAAGAUUAGACUCGAGACGGAAAAGUUACUCCGAGACUUGUCAAAGUCACACUCCUCGCACGUCAGGUUCUAUGAUCAACUUAAACAGAUACAGCGAAUCAGAUAGUGGCAAUAUGAAUGCGACCAUACCAUUAGACAUCUAUGGUCGAAGACCAGAGACGGGCUUCAGUCGCCUUCACGACGAUGCCUCUGAGGAAUUUGGAGAAGCAGUGACCCGUCUGCUCAACGAGAGAAUGAGCUCCCACUGGCAGACAGUGGAUCCAGAAAAUGACUGUCGCCAGGUUGAUUUGGAGGCCAUGAAUAACCAUAGACGAUCGCACGUUGCAGAGACGGGACAGCUGGGAACACCGCGAAACAGCAUCCUCAAGUUACAAAAUGAGGACAUAAACAGUGCUCUCAGCGGAGAUGUAUUCAGAAGCAAUCCUGAUCCAAGACGUCAGGAUCCUCGGGGAUGAAAGUCCGUCUGGCGAGAAUGAAGGUACGGUAAUUGAAAUGACGAAGUAUCCUAGUUUUGUUCUUUGGACUAUCUGAUGUGUAUAUCUCUAAAGUCUCCUAUUAUUGAAUAAAUAAGGAAUCUUUAGACACUGUAAGGCGGAUUGAUACCCAUUCAAACUAUGUUUCUUCGGAACUGUAGUAGAGACCGUGACUUGAA